CCGGCGCUCCCCGCGCGGCUCCGAGCGCCCCGUCCCGCCGGCGGCCGCGAGACCAGAGCGAGCGAGCGAGCGAACGGCCGCGGUCCGGCGAGCCCCGAGCGCAGCGCAGGGCCAGGGCGCGCGUUGAGGAGCGGCGCAGCCCAGCGCGGCCGCCCGGCCUCAGUCCAGCGCGGCCGCCUGGCCCCAGUCCAACAAGCAGGCGAGCACCACCGGGCCGAGCCAAGCGCAGCGCCCCGAAGCCGAGCGCGCGCCGUCGCCCGCGCCCCGCGCCGGGGAAUGCGCCCUCGGCGCGCCGGCCAGGGGGCGCCCGCAGCCCACCCGGGGGGAGGCGGCCCCGAGCGCCCCUGAGCCUUCCCAUGGCCCGGGCUAGGGCCCGGGGCCUCGGCUGCUGACGCGCCCAAAGCCUGCGGACCCCGUUAAACCCGGGCCGCGGCGUCGACCCCGGCUCAGGCACAGCGGCGAGAGGGCGCGGGCAGGGCCAUGGCCCCGGGGGGCCGCUAGCGCCGGCCGGCCCAACCGGGAGCCGCUCUGCCGCCGCCGCCGCCGCCGCCCCCGCCGCCCGGGAGCCCAGGCCCUGCCGCCGCGGAGGAGGUGUCCAGACAGCCCAGCCAGCUUCUUGGGCCCUAGGCCCCUCCCACAAUGCCUGUCGCUUGUCUCCUGCUCUGGGCUUCCCUACUGACUGGGGCCUGGCCAGCCACCCCGACCCAGGACCACCUCCCGGCCACGCCCCGCGUCCGGCUCUCAUUCAAAGAGCUUAAGGCCACAGGCACUGCCCACUUCUUCAACUUCCUGCUCAACACAACAGACUACCGGAUCCUGCUCAAAGACGAGGACCACGACCGCAUGUACGUGGGCAGCAAGGACUACGUGCUGUCCCUGGACCUGCAUGACAUCAACCGUGAGCCCCUCAUUAUCCACUGGGCAGCCUCCCCACAGCGCAUUGAGGAGUGUGUGCUCUCAGGCAAGGAUGGCAAUGGUGAGUGCGGGAACUUCGUCAGGCUCAUCCAGCCCUGGAACCGAACGCACCUGUACGUGUGUGGGACCGGUGCCUACAACCCCAUGUGUACCUAUGUCAACCGCGGCCGCCGAGCCCAGGCUACGCCCUGGACCCAGACGCAGGUGCUGAGAGGCCGAGGCAGCAGAGCCACGGAUGGUGCCCUCCGCCCGACGCCCACAGCCCCACGCCAGGAUUACAUCUUCUACCUGGAGCCGGAGAGACUCGAGUCAGGGAAGGGCAAGUGUCCGUACGACCCCAAGCUGGACACAGCCUCAGCCCUCAUCAACGAAGAGCUCUAUGCCGGUGUGUACAUUGACUUCAUGGGCACCGACGCUGCCAUCUUCCGCACGCUGGGGAAGCAGACGGCCAUGCGCACGGACCAGUACAACUCUCGGUGGCUGAAUGACCCCUCCUUCAUCCACGCGGAGCUCAUCCCCGACAGCGCGGAGCGCAACGACGACAAGCUCUACUUUUUCUUCCGCGAGCGGUCGGCCGAGGCGCCGCAGAGCCCAGCGGUGUACGCCCGCAUCGGGCGCAUCUGCCUGAACGACGACGGUGGCCACUGCUGCCUGGUGAACAAGUGGAGCACGUUCCUGAAGGCUCGGCUGGUGUGUUCCGUGCCCGGGGAGGAUGGCAUCGAGACUCACUUUGAUGAGCUCCAGGACGUGUUUGUGCAGCAGACCCAGGAUGUGAGGAACCCCGUCAUUUAUGCUGUCUUUACCUCCUCGGGCUCCGUGUUCCGAGGCUCUGCCGUGUGCGUCUACUCCAUGGCUGACAUCCGCAUGGUCUUCAAUGGGCCCUUUGCCCACAAGGAGGGCCCCAACUACCAGUGGAUGCCCUUCUCUGGGAAGAUGCCUUACCCACGGCCCGGCACGUGCCCCGGAGGAACCUUCACGCCAUCCAUGAAGUCCACCAAGGACUACCCUGAUGAAGUGAUUAACUUCAUGCGCAGCCACCCGCUAAUGUACCAGGCGGUGUACCCUCUCCAGAGGCGGCCCCUGGUCGUCCGCACGGGCGCACCCUACAGGCUCACCACCGUCGCUGUGGACCAGGUGGAUGCAGCCGACGGGCGCUAUGAGGUGCUUUUCCUGGGCACAGACCGCGGGACAGUGCAGAAGGUCAUUGUGCUGCCCAAGGAUGACCAGGAGAUGGAGGAGCUCAUGCUGGAGGAGGUAGAGGUCUUCAAGGAGCCAGCACCUGUUAAGACCAUGACCAUCUCUUCCAAGAGACAACAACUAUACGUGGCAUCUGCCGUGGGUGUCACCCACCUGAGCCUGCACCGUUGCCAGGCAUAUGGGGCUGCCUGUGCUGACUGCUGCCUCGCCCGGGACCCCUACUGUGCCUGGGAUGGCCAGUCCUGCUCCCGCUACACAGCAUCUUCCAAGAGGCGGAGCCGGCGGCAGGAUGUCCGGCACGGGAACCCCAUCAGGCAGUGCCGUGGGUUUAACUCCAACGCCAACAAGAAUACGGUGGAGUCCGUGCAGUAUGGUGUGGCAGGGAGCGCGGCCUUCCUCGAGUGCCAGCCUCGCUCGCCCCAGGCCACUGUUAAGUGGCUAUUUCAGCGAGAUCCCAGUGACCGGCGCCGUGAGAUUCGUGCCGAGGACCGCUUCCUGCGCACAGAGCAAGGCUUGCUGCUCCGCGCCCUGCAGCCCGGGGACCGUGGCCUCUACUCCUGCACAGCCACCGAGAACAACUUCAAGCAUGUCGUCACGCGGGUGCAGCUGCACGUCCUGGGCCGGGACGCCGUCCACGCUGCCCUCUUCCCACCGCCAGCGGCGAGCGCCCCACCGCCCCCCGGCGCCAGUCUCCCCACACCCCCUUACCAGGAGCUGGCCCAGCUGCUGGCCCAGCCUGAAGUGGGCCUCAUCCACCAGUACUGCCAGGGCUACUGGCGCCACGUGCCCCCAAGCCCCAGGGAGGCCCCAGGUGCACCCAGGCCUCCUGAACCCCAGGACCAGAAGAAGCCCCGGAACCGCCGCCAUCACCCGCCGGACACAUGAGGCCAGCUGCCUGAGCCUUGCGAUGGACCGGCCUCGGCCUCGUCCCUUUUAAUAUAAAAGAUAUAUAUAUAUAUAAAUAUAUAUAUAUAAAAUAUCUAUAUUCUAUACACACCCUGCCCCUGCAAAGACAGUAUUUAUUGGUGGGUUGUACAUAGCCUGCCUCAGCGGCAGCACGGUCCAAAACUGAGACCCAUGCUGGUCAGAGACGGCAGAGAACAGAGCCCACCCAGCCAGGCCCAGCCCGUCGGCAGGGCCAGGCCAGGACCACACAGUCCCCAGCCUCAGCUGGGAGUCUGCCUGCUUGGCUGCCACCGCCGGGAUCUACAGGACGCGGGGAGGGAGCACGCCGCCCCUGGACAGGGCACGGACUGCUCACCUUUGCCAGCAUGUGCUCUCAAGUUGUGCCGCCAGUGCAGACAGAUGCGGAGGCGAGGACUGCUUCGGAGACUGGGAGUGGGGGGUGGGGGCUCAGAGGCACUCCGAGGCGGGAAGAAGGGGCGUCACAGGAGGCCGGCCCCUGCCUGGGAGGGGACACUCAGUCAAGGCCAGCCCCCUCCCAGGUAUUUAUUCUCUAUUUAUUGGGGACAGGAGCAAAGGAGCCCUGCCUGGGUGGGGCACACUUCCAGCCCUCCCUGCCUGGCCACUCUACCUCCUCUUCGCUUUUUCUGGGCCACUGUGACUUGGGGGCUGGGAGAAUAGCAGAGGGGCAGGUGCAGGCAGGGCUGAGGGGAGAGGGGGCAGUGGUGGAGGCCUGGGGCCUUCAGGGGCUCCCCCAGGGCUCCCUUCUGCCCACCACUUCAGAGGAUGGGUGUAAAUAGCUCUGGGGGUCUUUGGGAGUAGGUGGGUAGGGGCUCCCCGGUGGCCCUCGACUGCCCAGGCCACAGCCGCCCUUGGGUUCCAUCUUGCUAAUAAACACUGGCUCUGGGACUGGACUUUGGCUUUUCUCCUUGGCAGGGGAGGGAGGUUGGGCGUUCAGCCUACAUCCAGAUUCUGUCCUUCCUGCCCGCCUUCACAUGGCCUGACCACUGUUCCCACGCCUCUCUCGCAAGCUCGGCUUCCGUUCGCUCACUUGUAGGUUUGAUCGUUGGUUUCUCACCUGGCUUUGUGGUGGGCUUUGUGGCAGGCACUAAGGGCUCAGUAUCGGCAAGACAGAGCUACAGUCCUCGCAGUCUGGCUGCUCCCCACCCUGAAAAUUGACAAAAUUCCCAUCCUUCUUGCUUCCUUCCAGCCAGCUCUCAGCAGAGGGACUGGCAUGAGCGAGUGUCCAACAGGUGGGGAAGGUCAGGGCAGGUGGGGUGCUGCUGGACAGGAGAAAGUACAGCUGGGGGCCCUGGUCCAAACUCAAUGAGUCAAGUCCUGGCAGGGGGAGCUAAGAGCUGGGGAGGCCUGUGGGUCCAGCAGGGCUUAUGACCAUAUCUGGUGGGCAAGGGGAGCCAGAGGGGGACUGACAGUGGAUGGCCCCACUUUAAAUAAACCCAAUAGGCAGAAACCAGAUUUGCCUUGGUUUAACAGACCUGGGCUCCUGAACUGCCCCAACUCCCUAGGGGCUGCAGAGCCACCCCACCCCCACCCCAAGGGGCCCAUUUACUACAUGGGAGGGUGAAGGUUGGGUGGAACCCGGAAGCUGAAGGUGGGACAUAUAAUCUGUUGUUCCUGGACAGACCCGACCUGCUGACCCAAUAGGGCAGAUGGGAAGCCACCAGCCUCUGGUAGGAGCCAGUAUCCAUUUCCCACAGGCUUAAGGACCAUCUCCACUGCUUGGGAUCUGAGGCCUUGGCACCCCCUCGUGGUCUCUUGGGUCUGCAACAGAGCUUAGGACUACAAGGCAGCCAGGUUUCCAGGAAGAGUCCGACCAGAAGGCUCAGGGUCUCUGGAGGGAGCCUUGAGAGCCCAGGGUUUAGGUCUUUCUAUUGGAGGUUGGGAACUCUAGGGCCUGGAAGCUUUAGGCUUAAUUGAACAACUUCCACCCAGCAGUACUCCUCGUCCAGUCUGAACCUAUAUGCAGACCCUAGACCCCCCCAGCUGAGGCAGGCCUGCCCUACAAAUGCCUUUAGGCAGCUCUCAGAGUAUCCAAGGGAACAGAUCAGGAGGA